UCGUAAUUGGCAAUCAAAAACACGAAACUGGUGAUGGACCUGGCUGCUAUGGGCUUGAUAAUUCCGAUCCAAUCCAUGUAGCUUUUUGUAAAGCCCAUAUUCGUUGUAAUUACACUUUUUAUUCUGAUUAUGGCUGUAAAGGAAGUGUUGUUGCUGAAGGAUCGGAUAGAACUCAUUAUGAUCCUCCUAUCACU